CUUAACACUUCAUGUUUUCCAUAAGUAUUUGAAGAUUAUUGAAAUUGAACUGUAAUAAAAACCUAUUCAUAAAGUAUAGGUGUAUCGUAACUAGUGAUAAAUGUCUUUGUUACAACCAGGCGUCUGCUAUGCUUGUACUGGUACUGCUGGCUGAUAUAACCAUGACGGGGUUGGCCGGGGUGCUGCUGGAUACUGCAUACAAUUGCAAUGCUCGUACAAAUACAAAUACAGCUGUGUCCCAGAAGUUCUGUACCGGUCUAGUGUCUAAGUUGUAUGACCUUUCCGGGGUGUUCAUAGGCCUAACAGUGUGGCACUCGGUCCUAGUAGCGCUGUUGAUAUGGCUAUGCAUGUCCCUCGCCAGCAAAGCAAACGGUCCAUCAUCUAUAAGUCCAACUGAACACUCCACGCGGCGUACAAACAAUCGGAGCGACUCACCAGCUAGCCUUGGUCACUCCUCACCCGAUAUAGUCGUUAGUGAAUUUUUUUAGGUUUCUCAGGCUUAUAAGGAAAUUUUCAGUAGUGUUCAUUUUAGCAACCACAAAAUUUCAAUAUUCCUCCAAUUAUGCUUGCUGUGUUUGAGAGACGUGUUUUAGGCAAGAAAUACGAGUCACGUCAGUUACAAAUCUCGUGAUCUGACUAGUAGGCUUAGUCCGAUCAGGUGCCCAAGAAAAGUUGGGGUGACAGAAAGUAUCUAUAAGGUGAUAUGCUGCUCUUGUCAGGCUAGUGUUUUCAUUUUAUUAGAUCGUCUUUAAAUGUACUUGGUUGCAGCCUACGAGGAUUUAAACAGGUGCUAGGACAGAAUGACAUGAACGUUUGGAGGAGGUAUAGCAUCAGAUAGGGAAGUUCCGACUCCAAAUGUUAGUCAUAUUCGAGUUAGAGUUCCCUCAAGUGAAAAAUAGAUUUGCUGACUUUUUAAGGGACAAUGUUAAACCGAAAUAACAGAAUAUAAUAUAGUUUGUUUAAGAAAAAGAUUUCAUCUCAUUUUUCAGUGUUCACGUUAUUAUAUGUAACAUUAUGAAUGUUUUUAUUGCACUAAGACGACAGUAUAACUUUGAUGAAAGUUACAUUGUGUCAGUUAUCUAAAUCGAAUUACCGAAUUAAAUACCAUAUAAUUCAAUAAACUAUACUUCUUUUAUAAUGAAUGUAUGAAAUAUUCUUGACUUAUAUAAUAUUUUAUGGUUAAUGUUAAAAUACAUAUUGCGAAUAGUUUAUAUUCAGUGCCUUAAAUGUUACGUUUUAUGAAACAAGCUACUUAAAUAUUUUGAUGGAAUUUUAUAACACACAUACCAUUAUCGAGUAACGUAUACUCCUUGUGCUAUUAAAAUGUUUGUCAAUAGUCUGUUGUUCCUUACAUAUGUAUUGUAAUGGUAUUGUAUAAACAUGAUAAUCCACCUAAAUAUGGUAUCCUGAACCAAAAUAUACCAACAUGCUUCACUUGUGAUCUUCAAAUCACUAUCUAAAAUAAACGUGU